AGUCGCUGCACCCUUGGGCCACGCCGAUGACUACUGCAAACUGUGGCGCCCACGACGAGCUCGACUUCAAACUCGUCUUCGGCGAGGACGGGGCGCCCACGCCGUCGCCCCAGGUCUCGCGGCCUGCAGAUCUUGAGCCAGAUGAUUGUGCGCCCGUUUACAUCUUUAAUGUAGAGCCACCUUCAUCUACCUUAAACUCACCUAUUGGCUUACCACAUCAUGGAUUACCAUCUCACUCUUCUGUUUUGUCAUCAUCAUUUCAGCUCCAAGGUCACAAAAACUAUGAAGGAACUGGUGAUAUUUCUGAAUCUAAAUACAGCCCAUUAGGUGGUCCCAAACCCUUUGAGUGCCCAAGUAUUCAAAUUACAUCCAUCUCUCCUAACUGUCAUCAAGAAACAGAUGCACGUGAAGAUGACCUACAUAUAAAUGACCCAGAAAGGGAGUUUUUGGAAAGGCCUUCUAGAGAUCAUCUCUAUCUUCCUCUUGAGCCAUCCUACCGGGAGUCUUCCCUUAGUCCCAGUCCUGCCAGCAGCAUUUCUUCUAGGAGCUGGUUCUCAGAUGCAUCCUCUUGUGAAUCUCUCUCACACCUUUAUGAUGAUGUAGAAUCAGAGUUGAAUGAAGCUGCUGCUCGAUUUACUCUUGGAUCCCCUCUCACUUCUCCAGGAGGCUCUCCAGGAGGAUGUCCUGGAGAAGACUCCUGGCAUCAGCAGUAUGGACUUGGACACUCCUUGUCACCCAGGCAAUCUCCUUGCCACUCUCCUAGAUCCAGUAUCACUGAUGAGAAUUGGCUGAGCCCCAGACCAGCCUCAGGACCCUCAUCGAGGCCCACUUCCCCCUGUGGUAAACGGCGGCACUCCAGUGCUGAUGUGUGUUAUGCUGGCUCCCUUUCUCCCCAUCACUCACCUGUUCCUUCUCCUGGUCACUCCCCUAGGGGAAGUGUAACAGAAGAGACCUGGCUUAAUGCUUCUGUCCACAGUGGAUCAGGCCUUGGCCCUACACUUUUUCCAUUUCAGUACAGUGUAGAAACUGAUAUCCCUUUGAAAACAAGGAAGACAUCUGAAGAUCAAGCUGCCAUAUUACCAGGAAAAUUAGAGCUUUGCUCAGAUGAUCAAGGGAGCUUAUCACCAUCCCGGGAGACUUCAAUAGAUGAUGGCCUUGCAUCACAGUAUCCUUUAAAGAAGGAUUCAUCUGGUGACCAGUUUCUUUCAGUACCUUCACAUUUUACCUGGAGCAAACCAAAGCCCGGUCACACCCCCAUAUUUCGUACAUCUUCAUUACCUCCACUAGAUUGGCCUUUACCAACUCACUUUGGGCAGUGCGAAUUGAAAAUAGAAGUACAGCCCAAAACUCAUCAUCGAGCCCAUUAUGAAACUGAAGGUAGCCGCGGAGCAGUAAAAGCGUCAACUGGUGGACAUCCUGUUGUGAAGCUCCUGGGAUAUAAUGAAAAGCCAAUAAAUCUACAGAUGUUUAUUGGAACAGCAGAUGAUCGAUAUUUACGACCUCAUGCAUUUUACCAGGUGCACCGAAUCACUGGAAAAACAGUUGCUACUGCAAGUCAAGAGAUAAUAAUUGCUAGCACAAAAGUUCUGGAAAUUCCACUUCUUCCUGAAAAUAAUAUGUCAGCCAGUAUUGACUGUGCAGGUAUUUUGAAACUCCGCAAUUCAGAUAUAGAGCUUCGAAAAGGAGAAACUGAUAUUGGCAGAAAGAAUACUAGAGUACGACUUGUGUUUCGAGUACACAUCCCGCAACCCAAUGGAAAAGUCCUUUCUCUGCAGAUAGCGUCUAUACCUGUUGAGUGCUCGCAACGAUCUGCCCAAGAGCUUCCUCACAUUGAGAAGUAUAGUAUCAACAGUUGUUCUGUAAAUGGAGGCCAUGAAAUGAUUGUGACUGGAUCUAAUUUCCUUCCAGAAUCGAAAAUCAUUUUUAUUGAAAAAGGACAAGAUGGAAGACCUCAGUGGGAGGCAGAAGGGAAAAUAAUCAGGGAAAAAUGUCAAGGGGCUCACAUUGUCCUUGAAGUUCCUCCCUAUCAUAACCCAGCAGUUACAGCUGCAGUGCAGGUGCACUUUUAUCUUUGCAAUGGCAAGAGGAAAAAAAGCCAGUCUCAACGUUUUACGUAUACACCAGUUUUGAUGAAGCAAGAACAAAGAGAAGAUACUGAUUUGUCUUCAGUUCCUCCUUUACCUGUGUCUCAUCCAGCCCAGACUCACAGGCCUUCCUCAGAUACAGGGCACCCACAUGACAGUGUAUUGUCAGCACAGAGGAGCUUGAUUUGUCCCAUCCAGCAAGCAUAUGCAUCCAUGGUAGCCUCAUCCCAUCUGCCACAGUUGCAGUGUAGGGACGAGGGUGCUGGUAAAGAAGAGCACAUGAUGCCAUCUUCAGUCAUGCACCAGCCCUUUCAAGUUACGUCCACCUCUCCUGUGGGGUCUUCCUAUCAGCCUAUGCAAACUAAUGUUGUGUAUAAUGGACCAACUUGUCUUCCUAUUAAUGCUGCCUCUAGUCAAGAAUUUGAUCCAGUUUUAUUUCAACAGAACACAGCUCUUCCUCACUUAGUAAAUCUUGGCUGUCCACCACUGUCAUCAGUACCAUUUCAUUCUUCGACAGGACAUCUCUUAGCCCAUUCACCUCAUCCUAUGCAAACUCCACCUCAUCUGCAGGCAAUGGGAUACCAUUGUUCAAACACAGGACAAAGAUCUCUUUCUUCUACAGUGGCAGAACAAGUCACAAGUCAGUCUUCUCAGUUACAACCCAUUACAUACUGUCCUUCACAUUCAGGGUCGGCUACAGCAGCUUCCUCAGCAGCCUCUCAUCCCCUGGCUAGUUCACCACUUUCUGGAUCAUCGUCCACUCAGCUGCAGUCUAUGCCUUACCAGUCUCCUAGCUCAGGAACUGCCUCUUCACCAUCUCCAGCCACCAGAAUGCAUUCUGGACAGCAUUCAACUCAAGCACAAAAUACAAACCAGGGAAGUCUUUCUGUAUCUUCAUCCUUAGUGUGUCACAGUUUGUGUGAGGCAGCAUCAUUUCCACCUGAUGGGGCAGCUGUGAGCAUUAAACCUGAACCUGAAGAUCGGGAACCUAACUUUGCAAACAUUGGUCUACAGGACAUCACUUUAGAUGAUGACCAGUUUAUGUGUGACUUGGAACUCCAGCCAUCAGGUUCAACAGAGGAAUGGCCUAUUCACAGUGAAUUCUCAUGUCCAGCUCCUUUCUGGAGAAUCUAGAGGUGAAUGAGAUAAUUGGAAGGGACAUGUCCCAGAUUUCUGUUUCCCAAGACCCAGGGGUGAGCAGAGAAGCACCACUUCCGGGUCCCGAGUCCCCGGAUUUAGGAAGAUCUGAUGGACUGUAACAGUACCUACCACCAGCUAUUCAGUCUGUUUCUCUCUUGGACCUUCAGGACCUGCUCCAGGAAUUGGACUUACUAUUUGUGGGAAAAGCAGCAUUCCUCCACCUCAGGCCUUGGGCAGAUUUUUAUAAAAGAACAGGAGCAGCAUAGGCUGCUUGAGCUAUAGGAAAAUGAGCUUUGCAUUUUAUACGUAUAUAUGUAUAUUUAAAUAGAAUACUUUUAUAUGAUGGGUGCUUUGCGUGUGAAUGCAGCAGGCUCUCAGAGGUACUGCUUUUGCAGGUGGCCUGGUUGCAUAGCUAGAAUUAGUGAUUUGUACUGCUUUCUGGUCAUUUGAAGGGCCCUUUAGUUUUGAUGAUAUUUUUAAAAUAGGAACUUUUGAUAAAACCUUCCAGAGGCAAACAAAAAAGAAAAAAUAUAUUCUAAGACCAUACUUAAUGCCUCAGAAACUCAGCAUGUGCCCUGAAGCCUUUCAUAGAUUCAUAGGAGUAAAGCCAAAUGUAGCUCAUACUCUUUAUAAAAAGUAAACUUAUUAGAUAAAUAAGAAUAGACCAUUCCAUCAUUGAAGUGUUGGAAUAUGAAUACAUUCCAGAGCAUAGGUUUUUUGUAACUUCCUAGGUAGUCAUCCUGCAGCCUUUCCAUAUUAGCUCCAUGUUGAAACUGCUUUCUUCCUUAGGUGAAUUGGUUACUUGUAAGAUGACUUUGAAAGGUGAGGUUUUGGCUUGGGUAGCUAUCAUUUUCUACCUGACUAAACUCUAGUGGGCUGUGGAGUGCUCUUCCCGUUUAUGUCCUCUGGCUACCUUUUCCAAGUGGGAGCUUCUGUUUUUGGUUGUUCUGUGACAUUUUGAAGCCACCAUCUCCUGAUGGGUUCAGGCUUUGAGAUUCUAAUUCUUUUGGAGGCCAGCUAGGCAGUUUCAGGAACUAAGUAUGCAUGGGCUUAAGAGGAAAAUGUAAGAUUCCUGAUGUAAAGGCUUAUCUCCCAUUCUGUUUACAGCCCAGAAUGAUCUGUCCCACCCUGUUCUGUCUGUAUUAUACAGCAGCCUUUUUCCUAAAAGGCUUUUUAAGACACAUCCAAAAAUGAGGUGGUGUCAUAGACCCAACCUUUACACCAAAGACACCCUGGUGCUGCUGCUGGUGAGACUGGUGUCCAAGGCAGGGCCAGCAGAAAUUCUAGCCUGCUGUCUACCAAAGGAAGUGCCCAAGUUGGGUACUUUUUCCAAACCCUGUCCUUACCCUUCCCUCCAAUGGGCUUUGUUACCAAUUUCUGGGCCUAUUUCAAAGUCCCUGAAUUUUAUAAUAUGUUUUCAAAUGAAAUAAUGUACUUUCAUUUAUUCAGGAAGGAAAAUUUUGGAGUGCCUACAUGUGAGACUAUACUGCAAUGGCUAAAUACUUAAUGCUUUUAUUCUAUAGGGUUGUGAGCCCUUGAAUCUAGGACUCUCUUUAUUAAGGCUACAUCAGGCCUGAACAAGGGCUGACCUGUUGCCCACUGCCUCUAGUCAGCAGGGUAGGAGGUACUGAGUCAGGAUGAGGGAAAUAAACUUUCCUGUCUUUAACUUGAUUCUUUAGAUUUCUCCACUAAAACUAGUUAGAGAACUGUCUCCCCUUCAGCAAAUUGCUGUGCCCAAUCUUUGAGCUGAAUAUUUUCAAAUUUUCUUUGAAAAGUAAGUUUUAUAUCAGUGUGGAUAAUGAUUUGCUUUAGGUUCUAUAGUUGGAAGCCCACAGCUUCCUUUGAAGGGGUUAAGGGGAUGGGCCUCUCAGGUGAACUUUUCAGAGACAUGGCCAGACUUGCUUCCACCCUCUUGUCCCUGGGGUAGCUGCCUCAUGUGGGGUCACUGCAAGACCCUUUGGGGGCUGCUUUACUGCCUCCAAGAAUAAAAGCCUCUAUGAUCCAGAGUUGUGAUGCACCAAAUGUUGAUGCCUUUUAAAUACAUACCUUGAUGCCUGUAGCACUAGAAAUGCUUUCCUAUUUAAAACAAGUUAAAUUUUAAAAUAGAGCUUUGUAUACUCUGUAAGCAGUUUUAUAUUAGCUUUAUAAAAGCUUUCGUGUAAGAGUCAAUAUUUUUGGCUUUGUAGAUAAAGACUUAAAUUUUUGCUCAACAUAGUGGUGGUAAAGCACAUAUUCAUUGGACUAUGCAAAUCGAUUCCUAGUAGUAGCACAGAGCAACUGGGCAUUUGUUAGCACAUACCCCUUCCUCUCAAACCUGUGCUAGACCUGGAGUUGAAGAAUGGAAUGAGGAGCUUUCUGCUUACUAGAGAUGCAAGGAAACAUGGCUGAAAACAACUUAUAAAGAGAUGUCUUUGGGUUCGCAGAUGUUUCCACUGUUCCCGGUACAACCCACCUCCACCCAGGGCUGGCCAGUGUUGCCAUACUGUGCUGGGCCUGGCUGUGAAGUCCUGUUUGUGGUGUGCAGAGCAUUUGGUUAUUUUUAAGGCUCAGAUGGGCUUAAGUUGAAACCUUGCAUUUUUAUAGAAUGGAUGUUAGGUAAACUGGUUCUCAGUUAUGUUUACAGCACUUGAAAUAGUGUUUUCUUGUACAUUUUGUAUUUUAAAACCUUUUAUAGGAGUGCAGUGCUCCUUACACAAAUACAAAGGGAAGAAGAGCCCAUAGUUCAGGCUCCUCAGUUACAGUGCUGAAAUAAAUGGUGACCGAUCCAGUC